ACGUCGCUUGCUUAUGACAUCACAAAGAGUGUUGAAUUCUGGGUCAAAGAAGGGACAUAGAUUCUGAUGGCGGAAAGCGGUGUUUGACGUCAUUUCCUUUUGCAGUUUGUUUUGUUGUCAGUUUGUGCUAUUGUGUCCCGGAAUACAGCAGUAGUGCCGUGGUUGCGCAUCAUGUUUCGCUUUAUGAGAGAUUCGGAGCUACAAGACCAGGACAUGUUUCUCAUGGACCCGUUUACGCUGCAUCGGCAGCACAUGAGACACAUGUUCUCUGGGAUGUCACCAUUUUUGGGCAUUACAGAUGGGACUGUCCCUGCCCUGCCCCGCCCUGCACCCCCCCGCAGUAUACAGCCGGGUGCAGUGACGCCGUUUGGAAUGCUGGGAAUGGGUGGGGGCUUCCUGGACAUGUUUGGGAUGAUGAACGAUUUGAUGGGGGGUGCGGAGCAGAUGUCCUCUGGGCCAAACUGUCAGACGUAUUCCUCAUCUACAGUCAUCUCGUAUUCUAACAUGGGUGGGAGUAGGGCACCUAAAGUGUAUCAGGAGACGUCACACAUGCGCACAGCCCCUGGAGGGAUCCGUGAAACUCGCCGCACUGUGCGCGACUCGGAUAGUGGUAUGGAACAAAUGAGCAUAGGACAUCACAUACGCGAGAGGGCGCAUAUUAUGCAGCGCUCACACAACCACCGUACAGGAGACCGAGAGGAAAGGCAGGAUUUUGUCAAUAUGGAUGAAAAUGACGCUGCACGCUUUGAUGAGGAGUGGCAUAGGGAGACCUCACGAUACAGAGGGCAGAGGGGUGUCUCGUACAGACGACGUGGCGCAGAGGAGCAACUGGCUAUUCAGGGGCCAGAGGAUAGCUCUUCCAGACCGUCUCGCCGUUAUGACUGGUGAUCCGUCCGUAUAUCCGCAAAUGAACUUGAAUGAAGGAAUAUGGAAACAGAAUUUUCUUAAUAUUCCCAAAGGGACCACUCCCCAACAGCCUGCUCAAUAUUCCCUUUAUUUUCCUGGUACCUUACAUCUCCCUUUUGUCCUUUUGCUUCUGUGUCCCCGAAUCCAACUUCCUAUAAAUCUCUUGUUUCUUUUAUUAUAAUUUUAUUAACCAUAAACUAUUGAAAAGGAGAUAUGUUGCUGUUUUGGAACAUUGUAGGGGGUGGAUUGGUAGAGUAAAUAAUUUUUUGGGUCAGUGGGUGGUUAUAUUAGAAAUAAACAGGGCCAAGUGGGAUUUUGCCCGAGGGAACAGCGGCAAUACCUCCAGCAGCUGGAUGCUCCGCAGGACAAAAGGAGGGACAGAGAACUCUGUGGGAGGAUGGAGUGAUGAACGAUGGGGUGCGCUCCGUAAUAGUGAUGAACUGUAGUGUAAAGACAGAGCCACAUACAACAGGCCGAGCUUGUGUCACUGUAGUAUAACUUUUUUUUUUUCUUCUUCAAUGUUCAAAUAUUGUAAAAUUAAAUUAAUAAAAACAGAUAUUCCAUGCA